GCAGCGGACUAAUCUCGUGUAUAAAUAUCUCCCUCUCUCUUGCCCUUUCGCUUCCGUGCUCUCUCUCUCUCUCUCUAAGUCAGAGUGAACAUGGCGAUGGAGAGACGAAACCCUAGUCUUCUCUUCCUCAUUGUUUUCUCUCUUGUAGCGACCGCAUCUGCUGAAGUAUUCUUUGAAGAACGUUUUGACGAUGGUUGGGAGAGUAGGUGGGUUAAAUCCGACUGGAAGAAAGAUGAGAACACGGCUGGGGAGUGGAACUAUACUAGCGGUAAAUGGAAUGGAGAUCCUAAUGAUAAAGGCAUCCAAACCAGCGAAGACCACAGGUUCUAUGCUAUCUCUGCGGAGUUCCCAAAAUUGUGCAAUAAGGAUAAGACAUUAGUUUUCCAAUUUUCAGUUAAGCAUGAACAGAGGCUUGACUGUGGUGGGGGCUACAUGAAGUUGCUUAGUGGUGAUAUUGAUCAAAAGAAAUUUGGUGGUGAUACCCCAUAUAGUAUUAUGUUUGGUCCAGAUAUCUGUGGUUACAGCACCAAGAAAGUUCAUGCUAUUCUUACCUACAAUGGAACAAAUCACUUGAUUAAUAAGGAUGUUCCUUGUGAGACUGACCAGUUGACUCAUGUCUAUACAUUCAUUCUCCGACCAGAUGCUACCUACAGCAUCCUGAUUGAUAAUGUGGAGAAGCAAACUGGUAGUCUGUACUCAGAUUGGGACCUUCUACCACCAAAGAAGAUAAAGGACCCUGAGGCCAAAAAGCCUGAAGAUUGGGAUGACAAAGAAUACAUUCCUGAUCCUGAAGAUAAGAAGCCAGAGGGGUAUGAUGAUAUCCCAAAGGAGAUACCUAAUCCUGAUGCCAAGAAGCCUGAAGACUGGGAUGAUGAGGAGGAUGGUGAGUGGACACCCCCAACAAUUGCUAAUCCUGAGUACAAGGGUCCAUGGAAGCAAAAGAAAAUUAAGAAUCCCAAUUACAAGGGAAAGUGGAAGGCACCUAUGAUCGACAACCCAGAUUUCGUAGAUGAUCCUGAUCUCUAUGUGUAUCAAAACUUGAAGUAUGUUGGAAUAGAGCUGUGGCAGGUAAAAUCUGGAACCUUGUUCGACAAUGUCUUGAUCUGUGAUGACCCAGAGUAUGCAAAGAAGCUGGCAGAGGAAACAUGGGGCAAACACAAGGAUGCUGAGAAAGCAGCAUUUGACGAGUCAGAGAAGAAGAGAGAGGAGGAAUCAAAGGAUGAUCUUGCAGAUUCUGAUGGUGAGGAUGAAGACGAUGCCGAUGCAGAUGAUGGUUCGAUUGAAGAUGCUGACAGUACAGAUGAAAGUGCACACGAUGAACUGUAGGGAGAGACGGCCGCUCUUGAUAACUUGGAAGCUGAGGAGGUCAACAUUUUACUUUCUUGUUUACUUUUGGCUUUUAGUUUUUCUUUCAGGGAAAUCCCAUUAUCUAAUUGCGUAGUCUCAUUUGAUUCCAACAAGUUUCAGAGCAAACGAUAUAAUUUUGGUUGAGUAUGAUACAGACUGGAGUUAUAUUUAUGCGAAAUGACCCUAUCUUGAAAUUA